AUGGCUAAAACCGUUCCUUUUCACUUGAAAGAAUAUUGGGAGGAUCGAUUUGAAAAAGAAGAACAUUUUGAAUGGCUCGCAGAUUGGCCUAUCCUCAAGCCACUGGUAGAGCCUUACUUGCACCAAGACGAGCCUAUUUUACAUAUAGGUUGUGGUAACUCGACACUUGGAUUCGAUAUUGCCGAUAGCGGUUAUCCCCAUGUGAUCAACGUUGAUUACGCACCCAAUGUGAUUGAGCGUAUGAAGCAGCUUACAGACGUCAAUCGUUAUCCCAAAAUUGAAUGGCAUGCAGCCAACUGCCUUGAUGGAUUAGCAAGAUUUGAUCCUACAAGCCAAGGAUUCAGUGUUGUCAUUGACAAGAGCUUAUGUGAUUGCCUAGCAACGGGUGAUACGGAUGAUUUGGCAAUGCAACAUCAAUUAUCAGAUCAUGUCUUAUCAGUAACUCGACCUAACGGUGUAUGGCUAUCUAUUUCAUAUUCAAGUGAGCGUGAUCACCCACCCUCCGAUCCAAAAUGUACGGGGUGGAAAUCCAGGAACAAGACCCGCGAUAUAUUAUUAUCUUUAUAUCCUUCGUAA